CACUCAAGUUGUCAUUACCACGGAGUCUUUCUGAAUGACAGCUACGGCUGCAGAUGUUAUGGUGGUUAUAUUGGUGCUUGGUGUGGACGACUAAUGCAAGAUUGCACUGAGGGUGCCCAAACUGAUCAUUACAAAGAUUUUACAGAGUCCAGUAUGUUUCACAUCCAGCCCAACAAUGCUCCACGGACCUAUAAGGUUGUUUGUAAUAUGGAUGGAUGGUCACCUGGGUGGACAUACUUCCUUUCUCGAAGUUUUGAUCGUGCCGACGUUAACUUUUCACGUCCAUGGGCAGAAUACAAACAUGGAUUUGGAAUCUUCAAUGAUCAAGGAAACUUUUGGUCAGGCCUGGAUAUGAUGUACCAUGUGACUAACAAUCGCCCACACAAAAUGAGGGUAUUUCUUCUGUUUCAAGAAGAAGGGAAACUCGUGUACAGGAAGUAUAUCUACAAUGAUUUUAAGGUGAGCAGUGAGUCAUAUGGUUAUAACUUCACGUUUUCGUCCGCUGGAUCACCCGGUGUCGACAAUAAUCCAGCGAUUGAUGGGAUGUCUGCAUUUCUCGGAUCUAGAUUCUCCACUUAUGAUGUUGACAACGACAACGACAACAAUGGCAACUGUGCCAAUAUCCACCAGUCAGGGUGGUGGUUCACCACAUGUGACGGCUUCAACCCCACAGGGCAGCCACAACCUCCAUCAGUUCAAUACAAGACAUCGGACCCGACUCAACUGUCCUGGCCGCACUCACUUAACUAUAGCCCUGUGCAAAUUAGAAUGUUUGUGAUUGCCGAAAAUAGUUGAACUGUGAUGGAUUUCACACUAACAGGCUCGCUUUUCAUUUUUCAUAACACAGGAUUUCGGGUCAGAAUAAUUCCCAGCGUGGCACGUUUAUGUCAGAGUCGUGAAGGGGGAUCGGGAUCUGUGCCUUGGUAGAUUGUUUGUCAUGUUACCUCAGCGAUGUGAGACGUUGAUUGUACUUUCAAAACUCUGGUUUGCCUGGCUCAGACACGAUAAUUUACAGGCCGUCCUGAUACAUCUGUAAUGUCACUAACUUCAGCGUCCAACAACAAUCAAGGCCGAUAAAUGUUUGGUAAUUUGAAGUUAUCUGUCAUGACGUCCUGUUCCCAACAAUCUGUGUCAAAAAUUGAAACUGUAUUUUAAAAAGGUACUCACGGUAUUUCAUCCAUUUUUAACGACCAGCAAAUAUUGUACUCAUUUAACUGCUUUAUGUAAUUUAGCAUAUACAGCAGUCAGUAUGUGGUACCUUAUUUCAUAUUUCAUUGACUGUUUCGACAUUUGGACCUUGGUCCUUUUUAUCCACAUCUCAACGGCCUCAUCUGAGCUUAUUUAUUCACAUAUUAAUAAUUCAAUAUACAGUGAAUCUUAUGUGUUUCCAGACCCGUGAAGGUCCGGGGUAGAAUAAGUCUUCAGCAACCCAUGUUUGCAGUAAAAGGUGACUGUGCUUGUCGUGAAAGGCGA